AUAUAAAUCAAGUCUGCGGGCGUCGAUACGAGAGACCGGACACGAUUGUGAGCGAAGCGAAAAGGUCUAGGGUUUGGGCGAGUGGUGAUCGUGAGAGAGGAGACAAUGGCGGUAGACGGGGCCCGCCCCCACAAGCUCCGGUGGGGAGAGCUUGACGAGGACGAUGGCGGCGACCUCGACUUCCUUCUGCCGCCUCGGGUGGUUCUGGGCCCCGAUGAGAACGGGAUCAAGAAGACGAUAGAAUACCGCUUCGACGACGAGGGCAACAAGGUCAAGGUCACCACCACCACCCUCGUCCGCAAGCUCGCCCGCGCCCGCCUCAGCAAGCGCGCCCUCGAGCGCCGCUCCUGGCCCAAGUUUGGCGAUGCCGCCCGCGAGGACGCCAGCAGCCGCCUCACCAUGGUCUCCACCGAGGAGAUCCUUCUUGAGAAGCCCCGCGCACCAGGUAGCAAAGCUGAAGAGACGAAGGCUGCAGGAGACCCGUUGGCUGCUAUUGGAAAAGCAGGUGCUGUUCUCAUGGUUUGCAGGACUUGUGGUAAGAAGGGUGACCACUGGACAUCAAAAUGCCCUUACAAGGACCUAGCUCCACAAACAGAUGGCUUUAUUGACAGGCCAGCAGCUUCAGAAACUGCAGCUUCAUCUGGUCCUAGCAAGGGUACUUAUGUUCCCCCUGGCUUGAGAGCUGGUGCAGAGAGGAGCGGAACUGAAAUGAGACGGAGGAAUGAUGAGAACUCGGUUCGGGUGACCAACCUUUCUGAGGAUACUCGGGAGCCUGACCUUCAUGAGCUCUUCCGUCCUUUUGGCCCUGUCACUCGUGUCUAUGUCGCUGUUGAUCAGAAGACUGGAGUGAGCCGAGGCUUUGGUUUUGUGAACUUUGUCAACAGGGAAGAUGCAGAGAGAGCGAUCAACAAGCUUAAUGGCUAUGGCUAUGAUAACCUUAUCCUGAGAGUUGAAUGGGCUACACCGAGGCCUAACUGAGUCUAGUGGUUGAUCGCAAUUGUUUGGAGUUUUCAUAAGUGCUUUAUGUUGCUAGCAGUUUCCCCUAUUAGAUUUUGCUGUGGUAUGUCUGAACUCUUUAAGAGAGGAUAUAUUAAUUGUUUUCACCGUCAGCAGAUGUGCUCAAGCACUUACUUUUGGGAUAAUGCAUGGUAUGCGAUUAUUUACCUUUGCAUUUAGCUACAACAGUUUAAUGUGGGUUCUGUCUUGAUUAAUGGAAAUUUGGUUCCUCUCUUCUGAAAAA